AUGACUAUUGCGGAGUAUGCUACUAAGUUCGAAGAAUUGGUGAAAUUUUGUCCAUACUACAAUGGUGCGGAUGCUGAGGGGUCGAAGUGCAUCAAGUUCGAAAGUGGACUGCAUGCUGAGAUCAAGCAAGGUAUUGGUCAUCAAAAUAUUCGUCGAGUUCCUAUGCUAGAGAUUAGUGAGAAGAAAGGGAAGAAUCAGUAUAGUGAUCCAAUUGAUAAAGGGAAGCAUAAGGCUUCAGAUGAGGAAAAUCCAAGUGGGGGAGAGACUCUCGUUUCUAUCAAGUGUUUCAAGUGUGGAGAGUCGGGCCACCGUGAAAAUGAAUGCAAUAAUAAAGUUCUGAGGGGUCACAUUAGCACUCACUGCCAAAAACUAGAGAAUGUUCAGUCCGGGGGAAAAGUUUUUGCUUUGUAUGGAUCAGAGACUACUAGCUCAAAAAUAUUGAUUAGAGUCUUCUAUGGUUGGGAGUAUGAUUGUCGAUACACUAACUCUAGGUCCGUUAACCACUUUGUUGGUUUGUUGAAUUGUCCGCAAAGCAUUUAUGGUAAGAUUUUUGGGAUGGACUUAGUAUGUCUAUCGUUGAAUAAACUCGAUGUUAUCAUUGGAAUAAGCUGGUUGGAGUUCAACCAUGUGCAUAUCAACUGUUUCAAUAAGUCAGUGUCAUUUCAAGAGUUCGAUGUAAGCGACGAGUUAUUUGUGUCUGCCAAGCAAGUAGAUGAAUUCGUGAGGGAUGAUGCUGAGGUAUUUAUGAUAUUAGCUUCUAUGAAGGCUGAAAGUAAAGCGGAAAUUGAUGAGUUACCUGUGGUGUGA